GAACAGAGAGGAAGAGAGGAACUUAUACAUCACCACCGUGACAAAUCCUUCGCAACAUCUGGAUCUUUAAAAAUUCAUCAAAGAGUUCAAACUGGAGAGAAACCAUACAGCUGUGACCAACAUAGCUUAAAAAAUCACCACCGUAUUCACACUGCAGAGAAGUUGCAACGCACUCACCAAAGAAUUCACACAGGAAAGAAACUGUACAGCUGUGAUCAAUGUGGCAAAACCUUUGCAUUGUCAGGAGCCUUAAAAAAACACCAAAGUAUUCACACAGGAGAGAAACCAUACAGCUGUGAUCAAUGUGGCGUAGCCUUUGCAUUGUCAGGAACCUUAAAAAAACACCAACGUAUUCACACAGGAGAGAAACCUUACAGCUGUGAUCAAUGUGGCGUAGCCUUUGCAUUGUCAGGGGCCUUAAAAAACCACCAACGUAUUCACACAGGAGAGAAACCGUACAGCUGUGAUCAAUGUGGCAAAGCCUUUGCACGGUCAGGGGUCUUAAAAAACCACCAACGUAUUCACACAAGAGAGAAACCGUACAGCUGUGAUCUAUGUGGCAAAGCCUUUGCACAGUCAGGGGUCUUAAGAAACCACCAACGUAUUCACACAGGAGAGAAACCGUACAGCUGUGAUCAAUGUGGCAAAGCCUUUGCACAGUCAUGGGUCUUACAAAACCACCAGCGUAUUCACACAGGAGAGAAACCGUACAGCUGUGAUCAAUGUGGCAAAGCGUUUGCACAGUCAGGGGACUUAAAAAACCACCAACGUAUUCACACAGGAGAGAAACCGUACUGGUGUGACCAAUGUGGAAGAUUAUUUGCCCGGUGCAGUACUUUGAGAACCCACCAAUGCCGGCAUGCAGGAGAGAACCCGUACAGCUGUGACUAGUUUGAGAAGGCUUUUAUUGAACUGUAUGACCUAAAAAUCCACCAACAUGUUCACACCAGAGAGAACCCGUCCUGGUGUGACCAAUGUUGGUAGUGACAUUAAAGCCCACAAAUGUGUUUACCCUGCAUUGUUUUGGACAUUUUCAGGGCCAGGCAAACAUCUUCCUACUGCUUUCUCCCCAUGCCCUGAUAGCUGUGUUGAUAUCUUACUUUUGUCUUUGAUUAUUUUAUCUGUUUUUUAUUUCAACUGUAACCCUAUGUUGGACCACCAGAUUCCUCCCUGUAGGACUCCCAUGUGUGAGAGCUCUGUUUCUGUUGUCAUGGCGAGGUGCUCCAGGUCUGAUCCAUCAGGGUCUGUUGACUCACUGUUAGUCUGGCCCCUCCCCUUGGACCACUUUUCCUCUCAAGACCCAACCAGGAGCAACGGCUGGGACACCACAGCUCCCAGUAUGACAGGGACAUGAAAACCCCUCCACAAUGUUCAGGUUUCCAGCUCAGACUGUUUGCUCCUGUUGAUGACAUCAGGACACCAAAGUCUUCUGAGCUCUGAGCAUCAUCAACAACUUAAAUACCAGAUUAAUAUGAUGUAUAUUAUCAUGUGUAACAUAUUUGAUGUCUUAUCCAGUGUCUUGCAUGUGUCCUGUGUUUGUCCACAUGUAGAAGACAGCUGAGUUUUUCUUGCUGAGCUCCACCUGUAUAAAGACGGAGGCUCAGCAGGGCAGAGCUCUUCUUCUUUUUGACUCUUGUUGGAGGUACAGAGACAGAAGUUGAGUUGAAGCCUGUUUGUUUCUGUGUGGAGGAUUGUAAUGUCCAUAUCAUCAGAUGAGUUCAGCCUUUAAUAAAAAUAGUUUGUAGACUCUG